CAGGGGAGGGACGCGGCGGCGCAGCAAAUGGCGGCCUCCGUGCCCCGCCCGCCGGGCUGGUAGAGGCGGAGCCGUGUGUCAUGGCUGCCAGCCGCCUGCCGCCCAGCGCCCUCACCCUGCGGCAGUUCCUCAGGCGGCAGCAGGUGCUGCAGCUGUACAGGAGGAUCCUGAGGGCCCUAAGGGACGUCCCUGCUGAGGCAGACCGCCGCCAUCUGCAGCAGUGGGCCCGGGAGGAGUUCCGGAGGAAUAAAGAUGCUACAGAAGAGGAUGCAAUUCGGAUGAUGAUUACUCAAGGCCAAAUGCAGCUGCGGGAACUUCAGAAAGCACUGAAGUUGGCCAAGUCCUGAGCAUGGUUUUGUUGACAGCUGGACUUUCAUCUGCUGCAAAUAAGCACAGCAUUGUUUUUGUCUGGAAUAUGGUUAUAUUAGCAGCCUUUGGUGAUGUCCUGGUAAUGUUUGAAGGUAGAUCUCUACCACAGAGGGUUUGGAUUGUUUUUUUUCUCCUUCUUUCUUGGCUUGGUUACUCUCUCUUGUGGAAAUCACUUGGACGCAAAAGACCUUAAAGAACUGACUGGAUGAUGUAGCAUGAAAAAGAAGAAAACCCCCAAAAUUACAACAGUGGUGUUUUGUCAGAGAGAUGGAAGAUAAAUAUAAAGCAGCUUAUUUUAUAUGUAUCCUGCUGUGGUACUUCUGCAUGGUAACAUCUGUGGUGGUAGCAGCCUUUUCUCUACAGUGCUAGGGGUUUUCUUUUUUCCUCCAUGAAGAGAACUGAAGCACAUUGGUUUAGACACGUUUAUAGUUAUUAAACCAAACAUGGUAAAAUAA